AUGCAGAUCGAUCGGAUCUUGCUGAUGAUUCGAGUGAUAUACUAUGGUUUCAAAGACGGAUCCCUGGGCGAUGGCGAUGGCGUCAUUGGAAAUCUCGGAAUCUUUUUCGGAUUGGAUUUGUGUGGCGGUUUAAGGCAUUCUCUUUCGGCCAAGACUCGGGGUUAUGGAGGAGGUUUCGAUCGAUCCGACGGAUCGGGUGUGGGGUCGAUUGAAAUUGAGAAAUCUGUGAGGUCCCACUUAUUAUUGAUGAGGAAUGGAGAGAGGAGAAAGAAGGAUACGGAUCCGUUUGAUUCGAAUCAUUUGGAUGGUGAAUCGUAUCUCGGUUAUGUGCAUCGAAGAUCUCGGAAGAAUUGCUCUUGGAAGGAAGAAGUGGUCGGUCGGAAACCAAAGGAAAAUGGGGUUAACUCUUUCAUCCGAUUUAGGAAAAAUCACAGUAAUGGGGGAUCACCGGAGACCCAUGCGAUUCGAUUUCAAAUUUUGUUAAAGGUAAUUCACUUUUCCGGAAGUAUACAAUGGGUUUUUUCAAGGAAAGUUGGGGAUUCUCUGAUUGAUUGGAGGGAUUUCGGGAUUGAUUCACACGGAUUUUCGGGAUUAAUGAUUGAUAUCACACCUCAGUAUAAGAAGACAUCGGAAAAUAGCGGAAAUACGCAUUCAUCUCUUUCGCUCUGUUUCUCUAGUUUGUGUCUUCUACAAGCUUGUCUCUUUGGUUCUUGUUUUAGCUUUAACACAACUCUGUGUUUUUGCGUUCUCGUGCAAGGAAUCCUAAUGGCUCAAGGUGGUUUAAUCGGUGACGGUGCUUCAAGCAAGGGAAACAAGAGCUCUGCCGCUCGGUUGAAGAUAACUGUGCCACGCUUUGACAACACGGUCUUGAUCAGGGGCUACUCCCGGACUCUGAUAGGCCGGUGCAUGAAUCCGGCGGCUCAAGACGUGCAAGCCUUGUUACAUCACAUGCCACGGUUCUGGAAGAUGGAGGAUAGAGUGGCGAGUGCGGAUCUGGGAAUGGGAAGAUUCCAGUUCGAUUUCGAUAGUGGGAACCGAUUGUGGAUCCUGCUUACCCGUCGGUGA